AUGGCGGAGAUUGUGAUAUCAAUCGGGUCAAAGCUUGCAGAAUAUUUGGUGGCUCCAAUUUCACAAGGAGCUACUUAUUUGUUCUGCUUCAAGCAGCUCAUUGGAGGUGUUGAGAAAGCAAAACAAGAGCUGGAGGCAAAACUAGAAGACGUGAAAAAGCGCAAGGAAGAAGCUGAUCGAAAAACUGAAGAAAUAAUGCCAUCCGUGAAGAAGUGGUUGGAUGAUGUGAAUGCAAUCCUAGAAGAGGUGCAAAAGCUACAACAAGAGCUUGAAGGAGGACGAAACAAGUGUUUUAAUGUGUCACUCAGAUAUUCUUUAGCAAAACGAAUGGAAAAUAAGGCUAAGCAAAUGACAGAUCUCAAACAAAAUUCCAGCUUUGAGCCAUUUUCCCAACUGAUCCAACUUCCUGGCAUUACUUACUUCUCUUCCAAAGAGUUUAUGGCUUUCAACUCAAGGAAAUUAACUUAUAAUCGUCUUUUGGAGGCAAUUAUAAGUGGCAAAAACAAGAUGGUGGGACUGUAUGGUAUAGCGGGCUCAGGCAAAACCACGUUGGCAAAGGAAGUGGGCAAGAAAGUGGCUGAAUUGAAGCUUUUUGACAAGGUCAUCAUGGUAGUCGUUUCUAAAGACCCAAAUAUUCUGGACAUUCAGCAGGAAAUAGCGGGGCAAAUAGACUUGCCACUUCAAGAGCCAACUCAGCCUACUAAAGCACAAAGGCUAUCAAAAGGAUUGAAAAAUAAGAAGAUUCUUAUAAUCCUGGAUGAUGUGUGGAAGCAUCUAAACCUUGAAGAUAUUGGCAUUCCACUUGUUGAAGGUUGUCAUAUCUUGUUAACAACUCGCCUUCGAGAUGUAUGUGUCUCUAUGGAUUGUGAGCCUAUGAUUGAACUACCUUUGAUAACUAAGGGGGAGGCAUGGGACUUAUUCAAGAAGCAUGCAAACCUAGGCAACGAUCCCUUAAAUAUGUUUGGUGAUGUGGGAGGGAAAAUUGUUGAUGAGUGCAAGGGGUUGCCAAUUGCAAUUGUAGCAGUUGGAACGUCCUUAAAGGGAAAACAUAUUGAAGCAUGGGAAUCAGCAUUAUGGAGACUAAAACACUUCCAACCGUUGAAUGUUGGACAAGGUCUUGCGAGUGCUUAUGCAUGCCUCGAAUUGAGUUAUAUUAGUUUGCCAAGUUCCACAGCCAAGUCGCUUCUCUUAUUAUGCUCUAUGUUCCCCGAAGAUCAUGAAAUUCACAAAGAAGAUUUAAUUCGAUUUGGCAUGAGGACACUUGAGCCGGAGGAGUCUAUUUUCACAGUAGAGGGUGCAAGGAGAGUGAUUUUUGAUGCUCUUGAGAUAUUGUUGGAUUCUUGUUUGUUAAUGAGUAUAAAGAAGGAAGCAUGUGUAAAAAUGCACGACUUAGUUCGAGAUGUAGCCUUAUGGAUUGCAAAGAAGCAAGGUCAAGAGAUUUUGGUGGACAGCAGUGAAGUUUCAAACAUUUUGCUUGGCAAUCGCCAAAAUUUGAAAGAUACAAAAGCACUGUCAUUGUGGAAUCUGGAUGCGGAUUUCAAUCUCUUUGAUCAAUUGCAUUGUUCAACACUAGAGAUUUUGCUACUUCAACCUCAUGGGUUUAUUGAAGAUGUGGGAGCAAUAAAAGCACUCAAAGUCUUGGCACUCAUAGAAUAUGGCUUUCAAUGGGGACAUAGGAUGAGAUCAUCUGUUCGUUCAAUCCCGCGAUCAAUUGUAUCAUUAACAUAUCUUCACACCUUAUGUAUUAGAGGGAAAAAAUUGGGUGAUAUCUCUCUAUUGGGUGAACUCAAAACAUUGGAGAUUCUUGACUUACGUGGUUCUCAGCUUGAUGAAUUGCCUAUCAGAAUUGUAGACAUGAAAAUGCUAAAACUUUUGGACAUAUAUGAUUGUGAAAUUGAGAAAAGCCCUAUAGAAGUAAUUGGUAGAUGUGAGCAGCUUGAAGAAUUAUAUUUUUGGGACCACAAAUCUGUCAUCCCACAUAAUUUCUCUCUUUCAAGAUUGAGGAGGUAUGUUCUCUAUGACUCCACAUGUCGUAUAAUUCCUGAAUAUGAAAUAAUUAUAAGCAAUUGCUCUGAAUUUGAGAGGCUCAUUGAUGAAGAAGCUGCACAUGGGGAUCUACUACUUCAUGAUAAUCAAUAUUAUCCAUAUGGAAAGGAAACUGACAGUGCUUAUGUGGGCGUUACAGCAAAAAGAUUCAAUCAGUUGCAAAAUCAGCAAUCCUUGAUCCUUUUUCUCAGGUUGAAAAGUCUACAAAUUGAAAGCAGUGGAAAAAAGAAAGGUAUAUUGGAAAUCCAAGUCAAAGGAAGAGUAGAAGAUGAUGAUGAAUCUAUUAAAGCCCAAGAACCUCUAAAGCUGGAUUCAGAGUUGAGUGAAUUAAUACUAUUUAGUCUACCAGAAUUGGAAUAUAUUUGGAAGGGCCCCACCCAAAUUGUGAGCCUCCAUAGACUUGAAUUUGUUUUAUUGGACAGCUGCCCAAAAUUAAAAAGUAUCUUCACUCUUGCUAUUGUUGCAAGCCUUCCAGAGUUGAGAGGACUUCAAGUAUAUGUUUGCGAGGAAUUGGAGGGAAUAUUUUGUGAAGAAUUACUCAAAAACCUCUCUUCUUCUAAUAUUUGCUUCCCCAAACUUACAUAUAUUGAGAUAGGCAGUUGCAACAGAGUGAGAUGGUUGUUAUCUUAUUCUCUUGCAUCUCAUUGUCCUUCACUAGAGCAAAUAAGUAUAUUCCGUUGCUCUGAAUUUGAGGGGCUGAUUGGUGAAGAAGUUGCACAUGGAGCCCAUCCACUACUUCAUGAUAUGCAAGAUCAUCCACAGCAACCUUUGAUCCGAAAUUGUUCUGAACUUGAGAGGCUUGCUGAAGAAGCAUCCUAUGGGGAUCGGCUACCACUUCUCAAACUGAAGCACUUUCGCUUGUUGUCAUUGCCGAAAUUGAGAGAGAUAUUCCCUCACAAACAUGACAAUGACACAGUGAGGGUGGUGAAGUCAGAAUUGUGUUCCAUGGAGUUAGUAAAUCUACCGGAAUUAGAAUAUAUUUGGAAAGAUCCCAUACAAAUUUUGAGCUUCCAUAGACUUGAAAGCAUUAAAAUGUGGGGAUGCCCAAGAUUAAGAAAUACGUUCACUCUUGCUAUUGUCACAAGCCUUCCAGAGUUGAGGAGACUUGAAGUAAGAGGAUGCAAUGAAUGGGAGGGAAUAUUUUGUGAAGAGUCACUUAAGAAUCUUUCUACUACUUCCACUGUUUGCUUCCCCAAACUAGGGACCAUUUGUAUAUCUGAUUGCCAUAAAGUGAGAAGGGUGUUCUCAUAUUCUCUGGCAUCUCAUUGUCCUUCAUUGGAGAAAAUAACUAUAAGGAAUUGCUCUCAACUGGAGAGGGUUGUUGAAGCUUAUGAAGGUGAAGUAGCUGCUCAUCAUCAAAGGCUGUUUCCUAAACUGAAUGAUUUGGAUCUCGGGAAGUUGCCAAAGUUGAGAGAGAUUUAUGAAGGUUAUGAAUUCAACCUCCUUUCUGGUACUAUAGCAAUAGAACAUUGUCCAAACAUAUCAAAAAUCUCAAAAAUCCCAUUAGAAGACAAGCCCUCAUCAUCAGCCUUGGAGAUCAAAUUGGAAAGUGAGAUAAUGAAGGGCUGAUGAUGAGCUUUGGAUCUUCCAAUGGUUUCUUUAUCUGCAUUUGUGUUUUACUAAGUUGUGUGUGAAAAUAUGUUGGAUUUGUAUCAGUGUGUUGAAAAUUUCACAAAAACUUUUUUUUAAAAAAAAAAGAAGCUUAAAAAUUUAGACAUACAUUUACUUUGAAGUUGUAUUUUAUUUGAGUCUGUUGAAACUAUGUAACUACAUUCAAGAUUGCACACAAAAUACAAUAAUUGUGUGGCCCUUGUGUGCACAACUUAUUUUAUUUCAAAUAUUGUAUCAAUGAUUUCUUAUGUUAUUCUUUAUUUCAAU